ACGGGGGAAUCCUGGCGCGGAAGCUCGGGAGGCGGGCCGCCGUGGUUCCCCACCGUCUGCCCUGCGGCCUCCCGGCCCGGCCCCCCAGCUGGGACGAGGGGGUAACCAAAACAAAGCCUUUGAAGCCCGCGGCCGGCGUCCACACCCCUACCCGCCGUGGGGCUGGAGGACGGCUGUCCCGACUCACCACAGGAGAGGUGCCUGGAGCUCGGUUCAGGCCGUUUGCUGCCUGCUUCUGGGUACUCGAACACGAAGACCUGAGGGGCUGGCUGGUUGUCUUCUACCUUCCGGAGUUGGAGGAGAUAUAUUUUUGCCAUCAUGGAUCGGUUUGGAGAUAUAUCAGAAGGUGAAGUGGACCAUUCGUUCUUUGACAGUGACUUUGAAGAUGCAAAUAAAUGUGAAAAUAACUUAGUCUUUGACAGACAGAAUAAUGGUCUUAAAGAGAGAAUAGAUAAAGAUACAGAACAUGUACAUUUGACAUUUGGAAUACAAACAAAGGAAAAUUACCUUACUGAAAAAGGAAAUGAAAGAAAAGCAAAGCUUUCGAAUGAACACCCUGUAGCAAAUGAUACACAAAUCAGAAGUUCAUCAUUAACUACUUCUUCGAGAUCAAAAAAAUUACGUGAUACAACAGGACAUAAAAUACACUUGCCCAUGCCAAAUAGAAUUCCUAAAAUUGUGAAAGAAGGUGAGGAUGAUUACUAUACAGAUGGAGAAGAAAGUAGUGAUGAUGGGAAAAAACAUCAUGUGAGAGCAAAGUCAGCUAAACCAUCUAAUAACUUAAAAAAAAAUGUAAGUAAAAAGUAUUGUAAAGUCAGUUCUUCUUCAUCUUUGUCUUCCUCAUCUUCAGGUUCAGAUACAGACUGUUCAGAUACUGGAGCUCAUAUCCGUAAAUCUUCAUCAAAGAAACAAAUGCCUAGGGUAACUGUCUUAUCACCAAAACAAAAAAAUAAGCCAAGAAUAAAAUUAACAGGAACACAACCUUCAAGUAGUAAGCCAAAAAUGGGAGACACAGAAGAAUCUGAAGAUACGGUGACAGAUGUAACUCCCUUGUCAACUCCAGACAUCAGCCCUGUUCAGUCUUUUGAACUGGGCACAUCAAAUCACCAAAAAGUAAAAGCCAAAAGACAAGAAAAUGUGAACCAAGAAGUUUAUGAAGAUGUUGAGGUUUUAAAAAAGGAUUCCAAACAUUUGAAAGCAAUCAAAAAAGGAAAAGAAAAACAUGUGCCCCAUCUUGUCCCAAAGUCACCAGUGUUAGAUUCUAACUUAGACCAGAGACACAAACAAAAACUGUUACAUGACACGAUGGACCUGAAUCAUCUUUUGAAAGCUUUUCUACAAUUAGAUAAAAAGGGAUCACAGAAACAGCACUUUGAUCAGCCUUCAGUACUACCUAGGAAAAACUACUCUUUCACAAGAGAGGAGGUGAGACAGAUUGACCGGGAAAAUCAAAGGCUUUUGAGAGAACUCUCAAGACAGGCUGAAAAACCAGGAAGCAAAAGUAUUCCCGGAAGAUCAAUUGGCCAUCCCCCUAAGUUGUAUCAUAGUGCUCUCAACAGGCAGAGGGAACAACAAAGGAUUGAAAGAGAAAAUAUGGCUUUAUUGAAAAGACUUGAAGCCGCGAAACCAACAGUUGGUAUGAAGCGCUCAGAUCAGCUAAUGGACUACCAUCGCAAUAUGGCUUAUCUCAACCCAGUUACACCUUCAAGACGAGUGAGAUCUACUCUCAGCCAAUAUAGUUCAUUAAGAGGUGCUUCCAGGACAUCAAGUGCUACCAGUGGUCUCAGUUGUAAGACUGAACGAUCACUUUUUGACACACCCAGUAGCUUGUUGCUAAGACCUAAACCCCAUAAUGUUCGUACUGCUUGGUUAUAAAACCUUUUUUUAGUUUAUACGUUGUUCAUCCACAUUUUACUGAUAGCCUCGUGUAUAUUACUGUCUCUGUAAAAACAUUCAUAUUGUUUUUCAGAAAUUUGUAUAACAGUUGUAAUUUAUUAUUAAGUACACAGUUGUCAUCUAAAAGAAAAUUUAAUGUGAAAUCAGUAUUUCUUAUGGUGAUGUAUUUACAUGAGAUACAUAUUUGGUAAUAUGCAUGUAUGUUUCCUUGGUCAGUACAGAAACUGAUCAGUUGUCCUGCUGAAAAAAAAAACAGUAGUAAUAGUGUCAUUGCAUGCUCAACCCAAGAUGUUCACUAUAUAAUUCUAACUUUGUGUUAGUUGUGGAGUUGUUUUUUGGGUCUUUUUUUUGGGGGGGGGGUAAGCUUUAAACUGUGAGCUUACCUCCUCAAGUUGAUUUACUUUCCUGUUUGCUUUAAAGCUUGGUUGAGAGACACAACUUGAUUGUAUGAGCAGUAUACUUAUUAUGAAACAAACCUUGAAAUUUGUUUGCAUGAAUGGAGCAGACUUAGAUUUGAUGAGCAGAUUGAAAGUAGUUUGUACUGGGAAAAUUCUUACUAUUCCACCAGCAGUAUGUAAUACCAUAUAAGAGUUAGGCCUUAAAUUUUUGAUUAGCCAUUCUAGACCAUUGCACACUUUGAAUAAUAGAAAGGUUAACUUAUACUCUCCUCUUUUAUGUUUGCAUACCCUCAAGUGAAGUACUAUUAAUGAUUCAGAGAAAGGAGGUUGGCUUUAGAGCUCCAGGGUUUACUGCCUGUGAUGAGUUUGUCCACAGAACAUACCAGUUGCAUCAUAAGUGAAAGCAAAUAUUUGUUAAAUCAGUGACUAGCAUCACAAACCAGUCUAAAGAGACAAGCAGAUCCUGAGAUGUGUCAGAAGUGUCUUAAGUGAUACUAUUAUCAUGUUGUGCUGUAAUUUAGUUUUUUCUGUGUUUGGGAGAAGGUUUAGAACAAGAAAGAAAUGCUUUGCAAAUAACAGCUGGUGUUUAUAGGGUCUGAAAAGGAAAACCAUGAUUAGUGGGAGAAAUAAACCACACAUUGAUUGAGACUACUGCUUUAAAUACUAGUGAAUUUUCUAGUUUAUUUUGAUUUUGUUUAUUUGGUUGAGUCCUGGAAGUCUGGGGGGGAGGGCUUUUGUUUGUUUGUUUUGUUUUGUUUUUAAACCAGUGUUACCAUUUAAAGGCCCCAUGACCUGGAUUAUAGAGAAGGUGGAGAAAAGUUGACUUUUGAAAUCAGAAUGUUUUUCCCUCACUCAAUAAUUUCUUGUUUCAUAGAACAAAAUCUGGUUAUCACUGCUAUUUACUAUUGGCUUUAACUAGUCCCAGUAAGAUUGGCUUUUUCCAGUACACAAGCUCUGUAGUAUGUGUGCUACACAGACUUUUCUUAGCACCUUUAGCAUUGAGGCAAACUGUACAAGCAUCAAUUCACAACUUCUUGCUUAGUUUGUAUUCAUAGAGUUUGCUUAGGGCAGUGGAGGUAAAAAUUGAUGAAAAAGUGUCCUUUCUGUAAAGAUUUUCUGCUGCCUUCUUGGAGCUAUAGCAACAAUACUUGGUGCAUUGUUCUGCAAGUUUUUAUACAUGCUUUACAUAUAAACGAACUAUAAUAAACCAAGAUUUUUUUCUUUUGAUUUUUAACUUAUUCCAUUUUUUACUGUUUGUAUGGCAAUUUCUCUUUAAGGAGAGAUAAGAUAAUGCUGAAUUGAAAACUCAGCCUUUAGACAUUUGCACAAUAGUGACUGAGUAUUUUUUAAAAAUGGACUUUGUUGAGGCACAAAAAAAUUUACCUGUAAAACUCUUAUGUUCAUAGUAGCAUUAGUCUUGGAGUACAUUUAUGUUCCGUACUGCCAAGUGCCAGAAUAAGAAAUAUAUAAUUUCAUAAAUAAAACUGUACUUUGAUUUUACAUGCUAAUUUAAUGCCUUUAGUGUUUACUACCUUGAAAGGAGAAGUUUGUCUUAAGUAUUAACACACAUCCAAUUUGAGGUAAAAAUUGGGAAGAACAAUGGCUCUUAAACAGAAUUUACAAUAUUGUUGUCACAGUAGGUUAUAUAUGAUGAAUAUAAAUAGAAUAGAUGGACAGGAGUUGAAAAAUAUGUUCUUUUCUGACAUAACUCAAGGUACUUUGAAGUAGUUAUGGCUUGUGAAGUGUUGUCAAUAAAAGAAUCCUAAGUAUAUUGCUCUCUGCAUUUUCAAGGACAGAAAAAAAGAAAAGAUCUAGCACUGUUUUGUAUUUGGUUAAUAUAUGUCCUUUGAAGAUUUACAUGUAUCACUGGAUAGUGUAUGAGUCUGAGAUCUAGUUAUUUGGCCAGAUUCCCUACUCCAUCAAAUGUUAAACUGAUGGUGCCUCCCUUAUAAUAGUUUCUGUGAAGAUUUUAAACUAUUAAAAUUAAGGGAUAGUAGUAUCUCAUACUUACUCUAUUCCUUUUUCAAUCUCCAUU